CCAUUGCCAGAUCAAUCCGAAUAUUAAGACAAUUAUCAGCUACACACGGACAGUUAUCAGCAAGAAAGGCCUGUGUGUGGCUUCACUUGGAACUUCAUUUCCUCUAAAUUCUAAAUUCUACUACACAUACUCUCCAGUACACUCAUCUUCACCACAACCUCAUGCCAUUGCCAGAUCACGAGAAUAUUAAGGAAUCUGUUCCUUCUCAAUCCGAAUAUUGCAAAAAGCUUAAUUCAUUUUGACAAGGGAGCUAGUAAUAACAAUACAAUCUCCUGUGACUUCCUGCUGCCCUGUUAUUAUCAAGGUUCUGCUUAUGCAGGCCCCAACCUCCCUGCUUUCAAAUUCAUCCCUGUUUCUCCAAUAUUGGCCACACUUUGAUUCUUUCUUUUUAAACAUUUUUAAAAAUAUAUAUUUUUAUUGGUUUCAGAGAGGAAGGGAGAGGGAGAAAGAGAGAAACAUCAAUGAUGAGACAGAAUCGUUGAUCGGCUCCUCCUGCACGCCCCACACUGGGGAUUGAGCCCGCAACCUGGGCAUGUGCCCUUGACCAGAAUCAAACCCGGGACCCUUCAGUCUGCAGGGUGAUGCUCUAUCCACUGAGCCAAACCAGCUAGGGCGAUUCUUUCCUUUCUUGCCUGAAAUAGACUGCCUCCCUUCCUGCAGCCACCUACCUCCUGCUCGUCCUCAGGCCCUCUGACCAGCUGUCACUAGCUCUCCUCCCAGGAACAGUCUGACUGCCUGGAGCUGGUGCCGCCCAAAGUCGGGCUGACACACGGUCUGUACCUUCUGUGGCGUGUUGAUUGUCACCCCUGGGAGCUCUGCUUUCAUGUGGGCACCGUGGGUCUUGUCUCAACCAUAUUGUAGAUGCUCUCAGACUGGAGACUAUAAAAUACUACUUCACGACUCCCACUGGGCCUGGCACAACUAUUUCCACAGCGAGGACUCAGAUACUUGGAGGAUUCAUUGAAACAUUGGACACCGAGAUUGUUGAACUUAAAGUGCACACCUCACCAUCUUGAUGUAUAGCAUCAAAAUGUAUAGCAGGUUUGCAUGGUAUUUUAGGAUCACAAAAGGAGACUCAACAAAGAAAUGAAUUGAUGGCCUGGGUGAAGCAGGAUAAAAUCGGGGGUAGUUUAGGGAACCUGGUUGCCUGUACAUGCACUAACUGGGUUUUUCCAGCAAAGUUUAAGGAGCUGUGCCCGCAGUUAAGAGUAAUUGAGGGGCAUAGCUCCCAGACUAAAAGGUAUUUGGGGUGAUGCUCCUACUUCUGAUGCUCCUACUUCUGUUCCUUCUUCCUCUGACUACUCCUGUCUAUUAGGGAAGAGAAUAUUAAGGAUAUCUGUUCCUUCUCCAUCCCAACAGAAGCAAACCCAAGUUGCAUCCUGAAUAUUUGAAUAUUUUCCUUUAAGCAGUUCUUUGCCCUGUGCUCCCUAAGGUCUUUCCUGUUUCCCAUUUCCAGCAGGCUCUGAGUCACCUGUUACUUCUCUAUGCCCUCAACUAACCAUACAUUGAUAUCACCUCCCAUUUGCAGAUGAAGUCACCAAGUCAGAGUGCACUGAGGGGUGUUUGAGGUUACAUGAUAAAUCUGGCCCCAAAGCUGGGUAGCCCUGGAGUUUCCCGCCUGUGGAUUGGUCACUGCACCGAGCUGUGGGCACACAAAGGAAGCUGCACCCACAGCAUUCUGUGUGGUCGUGCUGAGCUUUGCAAGCAUUGUGGGGAUGGCUUUGUUUCCUGGAAGGCCCUGCGUGUUCUUUCCCCAGGCCGGGCAGGCCCGUGGGCUUCUGCUUGGUUCCCUUUCCUGCAGGUUGAAUACGGAAGCUAGAAGAUGUGCUCUGGAAAAGCUGUGAGACUGCGAGUCAGAAGAGUGGGGGGCAAUUGCAUGUGCGUGGUCUCCGUUCGCAAAGCCAGAGUUGGGGGCAACAUGGUCUCGUUGUAAUUAAUGAAUUUAGAUCCCGGAGGUGCUCUUGCUUUUGGUUGGGAAAGGCCGCCUGGUGACUAUGUUCAGUUUGGAGGAGUUCAGGUGUUCUUUUGUUAGAAGAAGCUGGGUACUCUAAAAGAGUAGUUUACCUUUCCCAGAUCUUCCCCUCAUCCAAUCAGGACUAUCCCUGGCAUGUAUUUCUGAUGGAUAUAAAUGGUGGGUAAACAAUUCGAGCCCGUACAGGUGAAGAAAUCUUGUUUUAGGGCUUUACUUGCGGUCCAGAACCUAAAUAAGCAGCAUGGGUCAUUAGCUUCAUGACAGGUUCUUUGUCAUCUUUCAUAAAACUGUUCUGACUCUUUGAGGUCAGUUGGAAGAACUAUGGGAAAUUAAGGUAAAUACAUAUGUGGUGCGAGGGUGGGAGAUAAAAUAAAUGUUGUGGGCUGGCUGCUAGGUUGUAGUGACGUUAGCAGCAACACACCCACUGGAUGAGUAAUAGAUCGCAGUUCAUUGGAGAGAUACCAGGGCAACUGAGAGUCAAGUGUACAUGAGGAAGCUGAGGAGUUAGGCUUGUGGGCGGAUUGUCUAGCAAGAAGAUCAGACUUGUAAACCACUGUGAAUGUGGGCCGAGGCAGCUAGCCCUGGAACGCACUAAGCACAGCUGCUCAGAUAUGGGAAGCUAGUCUGUGCCUGUGGUUCCGAAGCUUACUCCGUUGUUUCCUUCCCAGGGUCAUUAGGAAUAGACACUGCAGUUUAGAUUCAACUGAGAAUUUUCUCUGAAUUUUUUUUUUUUUCCCCAAAUGUAUUUUUAUUGAUUUCAGAGAGGAAGGGAGCGGGAGAUGAAAACAUCUAUGAUGAGAGAGACUCAUUGAUUGGCUGCCUCCCGCACGCCCCCUACUGGAGAUCGAGCCCACAACCUGGCAUGUGCCCUUGAUCGCAGUGAACCUGGGACCGGAUGCUCUAUCCACUGAGCCAAACCGGCUAGGGCUUUUCUCAGAAUUCUUGAACACAUGCUGUCUUAAACAUCUGCAGAUAAGAAAUCUCUGUUACUUUGUGGUAAGCCUCCAAUUCCUUCAGUGUGUCUGGGCAAGCUUUAUUGGAUCUGUACUGUUAUGAACUUGCUGUCAUCAUUCAUCUAUUUUGCCUUGAACUGUAUAGUUAUUUCAUCCUGACUCUAUUUCAAAUCAAUAUAGUCUUUGAUGGACCCAUUUGAGAGAUUUAAACUUUUAAGUAUAUAUGAUGAUAGCCAUUUUAGAGGGCUUUUAUUUUUUAUUUUUUUUAAGGUUGAGGAGAGAAAAGGGUCUCUGUAUUCUGAAUGGGAAGAAAGUAGAGAGUGCUUCUUUCUUUUCCCCUCUACUCCCCUUUAAAGAAAUAGGCAGCUGUAUGUCUCUCUAAGUGCUUGCUGCCUCGUUGCCCUAUCCAGGCUACACUUAACUUCUGCAGAAGGAAGUACAUGGGAUACCUGCUCGAAGCCAGCCACCGAACUCGAUGAAGGAUGCCGGCGUGGGAACAUACUAAUGUGCCAGUGUCCUCAUUCUAUAGGGUGUUCCAUUCUUUUGCAAGCUCAGCAAAAAUGGUCUUCAAAGAAAACAUUUUGUGACAUAAGAAGCUCCUUUUACAUUUGUAACGACCAGCCUGUCUUAAGAUGAACAUCGGUUCUACAGAGUACGAAGCUCUGCGGUCUCGAAGAAGCAAAUGCCCAUUUUACACGGAGCCUAACUAAGAACGGACGUCAGAAUGUUUGUUAGUGGCAGAAGAGUGAAAAAAUGGCAGUUUGUCCAGUUAUUUGCCACUUGUUUCAUACUGAGCCUCAUGUUUUUUUGGGAACCAUUUGAUAACCACAUUGUGAGCCAUAUGAAAUCCUACUCUUACAGAUACCUCAUAAACAGCUACGACUUUGUGAAUGAGAGCCUGUCUCUCAAGCGCAGCGAGGAUGGGGCUCCUCGCUACCAGUACUGGAUUAACCACAAGGAGAAGUGCCAAGCACAGGAUGUCCUCCUUUUACUGUUUGUAAAGACUGCUCCUGAAAACUAUGACCGGCGUUCUACAAUCAGGAAAACGUGGGGCAAUGAGAAGUAUGUUCGGUCUCAACUUAAUGCCAACAUCAAAACUCUGUUUGCCUUAGGAACGCCUUCGAACCCACUAACGAGAGAAAAACUGCAAAGGAAAUUGGUUUGGGAAGACCAGAUAUACAAUGAUAUCAUUCAGCAAGACUUUGCUGAUUCUUUCUACAAUCUGACUCUUAAAUUACGUAUGCAAUUCAGUUGGGCAAAUACCUUUUGUCCACAUGCUAAAUUCCUUAUGACUGCUGAUGAUGACAUAUUUAUUCACAUGCCAAACCUUAUUGAAUACCUCCAAAGUUUAGAACAGAUGGGUGUUCAAGACUUUUGGAUUGGUCGUGUUCACCGUGGUGCCCCUCCCGUUAGAAACAAACACAGCAAAUACUAUGUCUCCUAUGAAAUGUACCAGUGGCCAGCUUACCCUGACUACACUGCUGGGGCUGCUUACGUGAUCUCUAGUGAUGUAGCUGCCAAAGUCUAUGAGGCCUCACAGACACUCAACUCUAGUCUUUACAUUGAUGAUGUGUUCAUGGGCCUCUGUGCCAAUAAAAUGGGGAUAGUACCACAAGACCAUGUGUUUUUCUCUGGGGAAGGGAAAACUCCUUAUCAUCCCUGCAUCUACAAUAAAAUGAUGACAUCUCAUGGACAUGUUCAAGAUCUUCAGGACCUUUGGGAGGAUGCCACAGACCCUAAAGUGAAAACAGUUGCAAAUGGUUUUUUUGGCCAGGUAUACUGCAGGAUAAUGAAAAUAGUUCUCCUUUGCAAGUUGACCUAUGUGGACACAUAUCCCUGUAGGGCUGCCUUUGUCUAAUAGUACUUGAAUGUUGUAUGUUUCCACUGUCACUGAGCCAAACCUGGAUGAAAAACCUUUAAAUGUUUGUCUAUACCUUAAGUGAAAGAUGAAUAUGAACAAAGCAAAGAAAUAUUUUGAAA